AUGAGGCAGACAGACCUCAACACUUGGAAGGACAUGGCAAAUAGGACAAGUGUAAAAGAAUUCAUCCUUCUUGGCUUCCCAGGGACAUGGCAAUUCCGAGUCUCCUUUGUGGUGGUGUUUGCACUGAUGUACACCCUGACAGUGAUAGGCUCCGCUGAGUGUUUUCUCCUGUCUGUCAUGGCUUAUGACCGCUACUUGGCCAUUUGCUGCCCCCUGAGGUACAGCUCCCUCAUGAGCAGCGUCCUCUCUGUCCAGCUGGCACUCAGCUCCUGGCUGGGAGGAUUUUUGGCCAUUUCCGUGCUGGCCUUUCUGACAUCCAGGCUGACUUUCUGUGGGCCAGAUGUCAUCAAUCAUUUUCUAUGUGAUAUAGAUUCCUGCCUUGCCCUCUCCUGCAGUGAUACAUGGCCUGUGGAGCUGGCAACCUUCCUGGUCUCCAUAAUUGUUGUGGUGGCCUCCUGUGUGGUCACCUUGGUCUCCUACAUGUACAUCAUCUCCUCCAUCCUGAGGAUCCAGUCAGGCCAUGGCCGGAAAAAGGCAUUUUCCACCUGCUCUGCCCAUCUCAGUGUUGUCACCAUCUGGUAUGGCUCCACCAUGUUCCUGUACGUCAAACCAUCAGCCCAGAACUCCCUGGAUGUGAACAAAAUCGUGAAUACCUUUAACACAGUGGUAACUCCUUUGCUGAACCCCUUCAUUUACACACUCAGAAACAAAGAGGUGAAGCUCGCUCUGGGACGAGCUUUCCAGAAAAAGUGAAGUGACUUUUUUCACAGGGCAUCAGUAGAACAAACAGAUUCAUCCCUGCCCUCCCAUGACUUCUGCCCUGCAGAAGAUCCCCUCUGAAGUGUAGGUUUGAGUGGGCAUCCCAGGCACUGAGAAGCCACCAAUGAGCUCAUAUCACCUUACAGCCAUCUCUGGCUGGGCUGAGCCUCAGUUCUGCUCUCCCACCACCCUCUGUUCAUACCCAGAUAAUUCAGAAUGCCUCCCAGCCCUUUAAAGUGCUGUGCUUGGAAAGGGCCACAAAUAAAAACAGCUGGAGGAGUGGUACUCCCACAGGUUUCUACCCCAGUUUGCCAGGUGCUCAAUUUUGUCAGGGUUUGCAUGAAUCUC